AUGCUUCUUGGAAAUUCCGAAGGCAAAUUAGACCGUUAUAUUUGUUUGAUUUCACGGAAGGGAGAUCAUGUUAUAUUUAUAUACUCCUCCUCACGAGUUCCGUGUCUGAUCGCAGAUGAUCUUUGUCUGGAGGCUGUUUUCCCUGUCGACAAUAACCUACAGUAUACAACAGAUGUGCCGAAGAAAGGACAAGGAGUGAAAUGCCUACUUGGACUGCGAACUGUUGACAAAAACAUUCAUAUAGAACUGAACAAUGAUGGAUCAAGCCAGAAAUUGUUCUUAGAAUUAAAAAGAACAUCAAGUGCGUAUUCAGUGACGUCAUCCAUGGGACUCCCAUCUUCCUUCAGCUGGCUAGAGAAAUACCAAACCCUUAUACAAGGGUCACCUCCAUCCCCUCAACCAAAUGAUAACCCUUUUGCUAAUGAUGUGUUUGACCCCUUAAGAUACAUGAAUGUUGACCCGGCUCCCCCUGAAGCCGUGCCAGCCAAGAAAAUUGAGGCACCUACCUUUAAUGCAGAUAGAGAUUCUGGAAGCUCUGGGGAGGGAACUACUUCAGGGGAGACAACUCCAUUUGGUUUUGACAACAACUUCACAGACUCGAUUGUAGUGGAUGACACUCCAAGUAAUCUAAGAAAAUCUCUCAGCAAAGAUUCACUCGACAAUCUAGAUCAAUCUGACAUGACAGACUCUUUGUCGAGGAUCACUAACCAGCUAGGCCUGGGCGGGUCAGGAGUAGAACUGGUGGAGGGAAUCAAACCAGCCACUGGACGAGAGAACAUUGUGCGACACUUGAUGAACCAACGAGAGGAAGAAUUUACCCACAAGGAAACUCUCAAAGUGUUUUGUGGGACAUGGAAUGUGAAUGGUCAGUCACCUGUCACCGGUCCAUCACUGAGAAAAUGGCUUGAUGUGGACAAGGAAUGUCCAGAUAUAUUUGCUAUUGGUUUUCAAGAAUUGGACCUGAGUAACCAAGCAUAUAUAUUCAGUGAUUCUGCCAAAGAGACAGAAUGGCUAACUGCGGUACGAAAAAGUUUACCAGCAAAAACUCUGUACAAAAAGAGUUUCUGUUCUGAUUCUAGUAAAAAUAGCUAUUUGCUUUUUCAUAUAGUUCAGAACAGCAGAAGUGAAGCAGACUACGUUGCCACUGGAAUUAUGGGUAUUAUGGGAAAUAAAGGAGGAGUUGGAGUAAGGUUCACCAUUCAAGGCACAUCCAUUUGUUUUAUCAAUUCACAUUUAGCAGCACACCAAGAAGAGUUUGAAAGAAGAAAUCAGGACUACCGAGAUAUCAGCUCCAAGAUGAAAUUUAAACAGUUUGUUCCACCCCUAAAUAUUAGAGAGCAUGAUGUCAUAUUUUGGAUCGGAGAUUUAAACUACAGAAUAACUGAUCUAGAUAUUGGAAUGGUGAAAACCCUUAUAGAACAAAAACAACUUAGGGACCUUCGAGCCUAUGAUCAGCUUCACCGACAGUUGGGGAGGACGGAUGUUUUUGAGGGGUACCAGGAGGGAGAUUUAGAUUUCCAGCCUACCUAUAAAUAUGACCCCGGUACAGACACCUGGGACACAAGUGAGAAAGGACGAGCCCCAGCCUGGUGUGACAGGGUCCUGUUCAAGGGUCCAGAUAUCAGACUGAAAGCUUAUCGCUGUCAUCAGUCGUUGAAAGUCAGUGAUCACAAACCCGUCUCUGCUCUAUUUGACGUGGAUAUUAAAGUCAUUGAUGACGAGAAAUCAAAGAGGGUUUACGAGGACAUUAUGAAACAGUUAGAUCGACUUGAAAAUGAGUACCUGCCCCAAGUGAAAUUGAGCAAAACAGAUUUUAACUUCUCAGAUUUGAAGUUCAUGGAACCUCAAGUACAGAGUUUGAUAGUAGAGAAUACGGGACAGGUACCUGUGACUUUUGAGUUUAUCAAGAAGCUGGAUGAAACAAGUCACUGUAGGAAUUGGAUGGAGGUCACACCUUCACAGUCUGUUGUUGUUCCAGGCGAGGGAUGUGAGAUCCAAUUGAAGGCAUACGUAGAUGAAAACUCUGUUGGAAAGCUGAGCAGUGGUGAGGAUAAGGUAGAGGAUAUCCUUGUCCUUCAUCUCCAUGGCGGCAAGGACUUCUUCAUAACUGUUGGAGGUAGCUACAUUCCGAGUUCAUUUGGCUCAUCCAUCCAGGCACUCAUACAGAUGCACGGACCAAUAAGGGAGGUGCCUGUCGCUCAGCUUAUAGAAAUUGAACAGCCUGGAAGUUUAGAGAAACGUGACCUUACAUCAUCAGGGGGAAGGUUGUAUGCCAUUCCAAAAGAAAUAUGGAGACUGGUAGAUCAUAUAUGGAAAGUUGGUAAACUGGAGACGGGACUAUUUGAGAGGUCUGGUUUACAGACUGAAGUUUCCAAAAUUCGAGAUUGUCUGGAUACUGGAGUUCCAGACAGCAUACCGGGCAGUAUCCACUCCGUGGCUGCUACUUUGUUAUUGUUUCUCAAGUGCCUCCCAGACCCAGUUAUACCAUGUAGUGUGUACCAACGCUGUCUCGAGUGUUCCCGAAACUACAUGUUAUGUAAACAGGUGAUAGCACAAAUCCCAGAGUGCCACAGAAAUGUGUUUCGGUAUUUAUGUGCAUUUCUACGAGAGCUGCUCUCCCACUCCAGCCAUAACAGUUUAGAUGUGAAGCUUCUUGCAACAACCUUUGGAAAGAUUUUUCUGCGGCCACCCCCUGCUCCAGCGACGUUACAGAAGAAGAGAUCAGUUAGGGAAGAUUCGCCUGUUGGUCAAGGUGAAGAAGACAUGAAGAGAGCAGCAUUUGUGUAUCACUUCCUCACCAAUGAGUAUGAUGAAUGAUCAGACUGGUCAGUGGGAUUGACCAGUGAGUGACCGUGAG